CUCUUCUUCUUUCUUUGUGUUAUAUAUCUUUAUUUUAUCUUUCUUGGGCGUUGAUCAGUCAAGCGCCCAUCAAUUGCAAAGCAGCACUGGACAAGUUCAUUGUACUUCUUCUUUAUUCUUCCAAUUCUAUUCUUUCCAAACCAAUAAAAAGGAAAAAGCAGUUUUAUUCUCUCUCUCCUUUUAUUUGUACUUGGAAUAUAUGAAAACUAUGCUUAGUACCGAUACCGAAAAGUUACCUUCUAUACCUCUACAGUUCGUGUCCAAUCCACAACCAACCACUCUUUUGACACCAACUCAUUUGAUGAAUAAGGCCAUCUCCAAUAAGACCUCUACUGACACUAUUAGUGAACCAACAUACUUUCAUCCUCCAAGUAUUGAUAUUGUUACUGUUUCCAAGCGUAGUAAAGGGGAUAUAUGUCACUAUCUAUUUGGUACAACCUUGGAUCAUUCAGUGGAUCAUAUCUUAGUAUUUGCAAUAACAAAUAAACAAAUCCUUCUCAACCUUCAAGCUUUUGUUCAUCAAAACACUAUUUUUAUGAUGUUUCCUGAUCAACCAUCGGAUGAUGAUGGUGGUAUGCUUACUUGGCCAUCCACUCAAUUUCAAUCAUGUUUCACUAGUUUGAUCGAAAUUCUUGAAGAAAAGACUGGAUGUCAAUAUUUUACCAUAGCAAUCAAUAAGAAUCAGAAUGCAGUGGAUACUGUUUUACGCGCUUUUUAUUAUAUAGGAUUUCAAAUAGUCAAACCUUCCGUCUAUGGUCAGUCUGCGGAUUACAUACUUGUUGGUUAUGAAUUGUAGUUUCCCUUCAACCCUCUUUAUUUUAGUUUUUCUCGUAUCAAAAUAGUUAUGCAAAUCUUUAUUAUCAUUUUUCCCCCCUCUCCUAGUCUAUACCAAUAAACAUAGUCUUCAAUAAUAAUAAAAAAAAAUAUCAACCAUAUGUCAAUCAAAA